CAUCCGAAGAAGAGUACGAGGAGAGGAGAAAAUGGAUGUUCGUCCAUGUCGUUCUUCGUCGUCCUCCGGUUCGUCUUCCUCAUCCAAGCUAUGGAUCGUGCAGGGUAUUGUAGCCAGUGCUGUCAUUGUCGCCGGUCUCGCCGCUCGAACUUAUCUCGGCGGAUCCAGAAAGUUUAGGAGCCGCGUCGUGGGUAUUAUUCCCGCUCGUUUCGCAUCUUCACGCUUCCCCGGCAAGCCACUCGUUCAAAUCCUGGGGAAACCCAUGAUCCAGAGAACUUGGGAGAGGGCUAAACUUUCAACUUGUCUGAAUCAUGUAGUUGUGGCAACGGAUGAUGAGAAGAUAGCAGAAUGCUGCCGAGGGUUUGGUGCUGAUGUUAUAAUGACUUCAGAAUCCUGUCGCAAUGGAACUGAACGUUGCAAUGAAGCUCUGCAAAAGCUACAGCAAAAAUAUGACGUUGUUGUCAAUAUUCAGGGAGACGAGCCUUUGAUUGAACCCGGGAUAAUUGAUGGAAUUGUCAAAGCUUUGCAGGCAGCUCCAGAUGCAGUGUUUAGCACCGCUGUUACAGCUUUGAAACCUGAAGAUGCAUUUGAUCCGAACCGUGUAAAAUGUGUGGUGGAUAACAAAGGUUAUGCCAUCUAUUUUUCCAGAGGGCUGAUUCCUUAUAAUAAAUCAGGAGCAGUCAAUCCGCGGUAUCCAUAUUUGCUACACCUUGGUAUUCAGAGUUAUGAUACCAAGUUUCUGAAGUUGUACCCAGCACUUCCACCUACUCCUCUGCAGCUAGAAGAAGAUCUUGAACAGCUUAAAGUUCUUGAGAAUGGUUACAAAAUGAAGGUAAUAAAGGUUGAUCACGAAGCUCACGGUGUUGAUGCCCCUGAAGACGUUGAGAAGAUUGAAGCUCUGAUGCGUGAGCACUUGUCCUAGCUUGGUACUAGUAUAUUGAGAUGAAAGAAUUCAUAAACAUCAUACUUGUUUAGUUUUACAAAUCCGAAUGGAGCUGUAAAUGCAGAUAGCUGAGGUACAUGUUCCAUGCCUUCCUUACGGUCCUUCCCUCUCCCUUUCCUUAUCAAAGCAAAGUCGGAUUCUUUUCAUUCUUGACACCUUCGCAUUGCACUUUUGUGCUAGGGUCAUAAUACCUUAGGCUGUAAAGAUUGACUGGAGGUAGCAAGAUACAGAAUGGAGGGGAACUAGGCAUCUUUUAUAAUUUAUCUUUACAGCAUACUGUUCUACGUGGAGUUGUGUUUGAUUUCUGCAAGGGAGCUGGUCUGUAAUCUGUACGCUGUUUUACACUAUUGAUUGAGCAGUCAGCUGUUUAAAAGUUCAUGGAUCUGAUUGCCUGCUUUUGGUCACCACCCGUGACUGCAACUUCUACUCUUUGGCCCUACUUUUUCAUGAUCUCUCUCUUUUAUUCCAUUUCAUCCUUUCGUGUUCUAGUAUUAUUUGAUGGAAAUGAUUGUUUUUGGUUUUGGUUUUAUUGCCAGCCGAGAGGGGCAAAAAACAAAGGGGACCCCUUCUAUGUAGGGACUAGGGAGGAGCGGUAACGACUGAUUUGGCACAAAUGCAUAUUUUAGACUGUUGGAAGAUCGAGCACGUCGUGGUCAUGAGUCAUGA